UUUUUUUUUUUNGGUGUCAUUCGAUUUUCUUCUGCAUUGGGACCUUGUGUUUUCUGAAGCUCUAGGAGCGAGUUUCUUUAGGGUUUUGUUUAGUUGAUCAAGUAAUUUUCUGGGGUGCAGGUUUCCUUUUUAGUUGAUUUGCCUCCGCUUGACAAUUUGAAGUUCUUUAUUUGAGGUUCUGAAUUGUCAGUUGGAAAAGAGGUAGUUCUGUAUGGGAGAAAACGAGGAAUGGGCUGAGUCAGGUGGGCCAUUGCCAAAUGGGCUUGUGCCAGGGUCAGGGCCAGUGUUGGAGGAUCAUCUUGAUUCCGAACGAUGGUCGAGAGCAGAGGAUAAGAUUACAGAGCUCAUUGCUUGCAUUCAGCCCAACCAAGUAUCGGAGGAGCGUAGAAAUGCGGUUGCAGAUUAUGUACAGCGGCUCAUUAUGAAGUGCUUCCCAUGCCAGGUCUGCACCUUUGGUUCUGUACCAUUGAAGACUUACCUGCCUGAUGGUGACAUUGAUUUGACUGUUUUCAGUCAUGAUCAGAAUUUGAAAGACUCCUGGGCCAAUCAGGUUAGAGAUAUGCUACACAAUGAGGAAAAGAACGAGAAUGCCGAAUUUCGUGUGAAGGAGGUUCAAUAUAUCCAAGCAGAAGUGAAAAUAAUUAAAUGUCUUGUGGAAAAUAUUGUGGUGGAUAUAUCUUUUAAUCAAGUUGGCGGGCUGUGUACUCUAUGUUUCCUUGACGAGGUUGAUCACUUGAUAAAUCAGGAUCACUUGUUCAAGCGUAGUAUUAUCUUGAUCAAAGCUUGGUGCUAUUAUGAAAGCCGGGUAUUGGGUGCUCAUCAUGGACUCAUUUCUACCUAUGCCUUGGAGACCUUAGUUCUUUACAUCUUUCAUGUGUUCAACAGUUCCUUUCAUGGACCGCUUGAGGUUCUUUAUCGUUUUCUGGAGUUCUUCAGCAAUUUUGACUGGGAAAACUUUUGUGUCAGCUUAUGGGGACCUGUACCCAUUAGUUCCCUACCCAAUGUGACUGCGGAACCUCCUCGAAAGGACAGUGGAGAAUUGCUACUUAGCAAGUUGUUUCUUGAUGCUUGUAGCUCCGUGUAUGCUGUUUUCCCAGGUGGCCAAGAAAAUAAUGGACAACAAUUUGUUUCAAAGCAUUUUAAUGUGAUUGAUCCAUUAUGUGUGAACAACAAUCUUGGGCGUAGUGUUAGUAAAGGUAAUUUUUUUAGGAUCAGAAGUGCAUUUGCUUUUGGAGCCAAAAGACUGGCCAGAUUGCUCGACUGCCCAGAAGAAAACUUAUUUUUCGAAGUUAAUCAGUUCUUUACAAAUACAUGGGAUAGACAUGGUAGUGGUCACAGGCCCGAUACACCUGGGAUAGACUCUAUUCAUGAAUUCAGUAAUUCCGGUAAUAUUUCAAGCAAAAACAAUGUAAAUCAAAACAAAACUCCUUCCCUCUACAGUACAGAGGACAGGGGCACUCACGGUAUUCCCUCUCAUCACGGAAAAAACUCUGCUUCUCGCAUGAAAAAUCUGAAAAGUCAAACGUUAAACAGCUCUCGUGCCUCUGAUCAAAUUCGAACGGAUAAUACCUCUGAUUGGGUGAUGGUCGAUGACGAGACUCAGGAAAGUUCUAAGGCUAAUCGUGGGGCGAAUGAUAUUCAUGGCCGUUUUCUCGCUCGUACGUCUUCUAGCCCUGAACUUACCGUUGCUUAUGGCGAUUUAUCUUCCCAAACAGGGCACAACAGAAAAUCAGAAACCAUAAACACUCAAAUCCCAUCCAAACAGAGUCUCGAUUUGCAUGCUAACGCGCCAGGUGAGGAAGAACAAGAGAUCGUGAACAUGAUGGCAUCCGCCUCACUUCAAGGUCUAAACGGGCAAUUUCAAGUUCCGUUCAAUUUAAAUUCAGGUCAUCACUUGCCUUUCUCUAUUCCACCAUCCUUCCUUGCCUCGAUGGGAUAUGCUCAACCGAACCUUCCGGGAUUUUUUCCGGCGAAUAAUGUUCCGCUGAUGGACCCAUCAUUGUCAAAUUUGCAAUUUCCUUCUAAUUUCCUUUCGCCACAUUAUUUUUCCGGUGUUGGGGUGACUUCACCUUCAGAAACUCCUGUCGAGCACUUAGAUAGCGAUGAUUUCUGGAACGAGCAAAAUGUUGGACCUGAGAAUGGGAAACCCGAAACUCAUGCUUCUGAUGAUAAACGGCCGGCGUCUGUUUCUGGUUUGAAAUAUAUUCCCCCACAUCGAUUGAAUAGCUCUGAGAGGGAAAAUAGCGAGUUCCUCUCAAUCAAGGAUGACAGUAACAGUGAGAUUUAUGCAGAAGAAAGAUCGGUAACUUUGAGAUUCUCAUCGGCAAUCCAUAACAACUCUUUGAGGAGUAUGGCUUCCUCAGAAAACUCCGGGGAUGAAUCAUCAUCAGCUAAAACGCCUAAAUCUAUGAAAGAAAAACGCGGAAAGAAAAUAAUAUUAUCAUCUGCUGAAUUAGCUUCUGGCCAAACCGGCAUCGAGAACGAGGAUGCUGAGGCAUUGGAAAGAAAUUCUUGGAAUAUAUCAUCAGGCUUUGAAGUUGCUCAAGCAAGUGGUGGAUCUGACUCAACGAUUCCUUUUUCCCCGAUGCUCAUUGGUCCAGGUGGCUCAAGACAGAGAAUGAAUGAUAAUUCUGGGAUGGUUACAUUCUAUCCUACUGGCCCUCCAAUACCAUUUCUAACAAUGCUGCCAGUGUACAAUAUUCCACCUGAGGCGAGUACUUCCGAUUCAUCGAGUGGCCAUUUUAGAGCUGAUGAAGCCUCGGAGAACAGUGACUCUGCUCACAACUCAGAGACCUCAGGAAAGAAAAAACCUGAUAUUCUGAACAGUGACUUCGCAAGCCAUUGGCAAAAUUUACAGUUUGGGAGGUUCUGUCAGAACUCACGGCACAAUGGGGGGCAGUUUGGGUAUCCUUCGCCUUUCAUGGUCCUACCUGCUUAUUUACAGGGUGGCCGAUUCCCGUAUGAUAGUUCUGGUAGACCUUUUUCUACCAAUACUAACCUUUUCUCUCAGCUUAUGACGAGUCACGGUCAACGUUUGUUACCUGUGGCUCCUCUCCAAUCAGUUUCAAGUAGACCUAUUUUUUAUCAAAAUUACAUUGAUGGCAUGCCGAGAUACAGGAGUGGGACUGGGACUUACCUGCCAAAUCCUAUUCCCAACAGGGAGCGACACUCUUCUGGUACAAGAAGAGGAAAUCACAAUAACUAUGAUAGAAAUGAUAACUAUGGUGACAAAGAGGGAAACUGGAACUCGAAUCCAAAAUCUCGAGGUUCCAUACGAAAUCAUGGCCGCAACCAAACUGACAAGUCAAAUUCUCGAACUGACCGAUUGACUUCUGCUGAGAAUCUAGCUGACCGUUCAUGGAACUCCUCAUAUAGGCACGAAACUCUCCCUUAUCAAUCACAGAAUGGUCAGUCGAGCUCAAGCUUUAGUCAAAAUGGUCCCCAAAUAGUGCCAUACAACAUGAACUCUUUAUCAGCUACAAAUCCCAACGGAGUUUCUAAUAGGCCCUCUGGCCCACCUUUCAUGAUGCUAUAUCCUUUUGACCAUAAUAAUGCUGUGUACGGUGAGCAGCUCGAGUUUGGUUCUGUGGGCCAUUUGGACUUGCCAGGUAUAGAUGAGCAAUUACAGGUGAAUGAGGGGACUCGAGCCAGGUUAUUUCAGGAUCACAGGCUUCAUGAUGGCUCUGACCACUAUUCUUCUCCAGAUCAGCCAGCUUCGCCACAUCAUCAGAGGGGUUGAUUUUUUUUCCUAUUUUGGGGCUUAAAAGAAACACCAUCAUCUUGAGGGUGGGGUUGCCGCACUUCCUUCAAGCUUCUACUGAGGCAUAAACUGACGUCGAAUGGCAAAUCCAGUUCUGCUAAUUUUGCACGAUCUUUUACCCGAUAAAGCUGUGUUUAUCGCACGAGUGGUUGUUUCCAUGUGGCACGACUGGUGUGUAAAAUAGCCUUGUGAAGAUUUGGAAGCUUUGCAACUGGAAGCUCGGACAUGUUAACAACCGCUAUUUUUUUUUUUUUUUUUUUU